CAUUUCCUUCCCUCCCAAAGGACGGGCAUGCAGAGGUACGGAGCAAGAAGACUCGCUGCUCAGACUCCUAUGGCCAUCAACAAAUGGACCGGUUUCAACGAUUCACUGUCAUUCCCUCCUCACUCUCACCACGAAAACGGAGAUCAUCAAUUGUUUUGCGAUCUUCUUGAAGCAUGCAAACUAUCUCAAGAUAUAAGAACUGCAACUGAAACCCAUACAAGAAUCAUUAGAUUUGGUUAUGGAACUAAUUCAUCUAUUGCAGCUUCUCUGAUUUCAACCUAUGUAAAUUGUAAUCAACUUAAUCUUGCUUAUCAAGUUAUCCGUCAAGUUUUCUCUUGGACCGUUAGUUUGGCGGGUUUGAAUUUGGUUAUUGAUAGUUUCAUGAGAAUUGGAGAAUAUGAGAUUGCGAAGAAGGUGUUUUGUAAAAUGCCUGACCGAGAUGUGGUUACAUGGAAUUCAAUGAUUGGAGGUUACGUUAGAAAUGGAAAAUUUGAGGAGGCACUGAGAUCUUUUCAAGCCAUGCUUAGCUCAAAUGUUGAGCCAGAUAAAUUUACAUUUGCAUCCGUUAUUACUGCAUGUGCAAGGCUUGGAGCUCUUAACCAUGCUCAAUGGUUGCAUGAUUUGAUGGUUCAGAAAAGAAUAGAAGUUAACUUCAUUUUGAGUUCUGCGUUGAUAGAUAUGUAUUCGAAGUGCGGUAGAAUUGAAACUGCAAAGGAAGUUUUUGAAAGUGUCGAACGAAAUGAUGUUUCUGUUUGGAAUUCAUUGAUCAACGGGUUAGCAGUUCAUGGUCUUGCUUUAGAUGCAAUGAUGGUAUUCUCGAAGAUGGAAGCAGAAAAUGUUUUACCUGAUUCUUUAACUUUUCUUGGGAUUUUAAAAGCAUGUAGCCAUUGUGGUUUGGUUAAAGAGGGUCGCAAGUAUUUUGAUUUAAUGGAAAAUUAUUAUUCAAUUAAGCCACAGCUUGAGCACUAUGGAGCAAUGGUUGAUCUCUUGGGUCGAGCUGGGUUGCUAGAUGAGGCUUAUGCCAUGAUUACAGCAAUGCCAAUGGAGCCAGAUGUUAUUGUAUGGAGAAUACUUCUUAGUGCUUGUAGAACACACAGAAAUACAGAGUUGGGGGAAGUUGCUGUUGCAAAUAUAUCAGGCCCUAAGAGCGGAGACUAUGUUUUAUUGUCAAAUAUCUACUGUUCCCAGAAUAGAUGGGAUAAUGCUCAAGAAGUGAGAGAAAUGAUGAAAGAGGAGGGAGUUCGUAAGCGUCGGGGAAAGAGUUGGUUUGAAUGGGAAGAUGUGGUUCACCGAUUUAGGGCAGGUGAUAAAUCUCAUCCUGAAACAGAAGCAUUAUACAAGAUAUUGGAAGGUUUGAUCCAAAGAACAAAGUUGGAGGGAUUUGUGCCCUCAACAGAGUUAGUUAUGAUGGAUGUUUCUGAGGAGGAAAAGGAGGAAAACUUGUAUCAUCACAGUGAAAAGCUGGCAUUGGCCUAUGGAAUCUUGAAAACUAGCCCUGGAACAGAAAUCAGGAUUUAUAAAAAUCUUCGAAUCUGCUAUGACUGUCACAAUUGGAUAAAAAUGGUUUCCGGGCUGUUAAGCAGAGUGAUUAUCAUAAGGGAUCGGAUACGUUUUCACCGAUUUGAAGGGGGCUCAUGUUCUUGUGGAGACUAUUGGUAGUGUGUUUUUGAUAACCAGAGACAGCUUUAAGUCUUAACCAAUGCUUGCACCAAAGUCUGAAAUGGAAAGAAAGAUUAUUUUAUUUCAUUGAUCACUUUGUCACUUGAUCUGGCUUUUACAGUUUUACAUAAGUGGUAGGAAGAGUUCAGAGAUUGAUUGAAGAGAUCAAUCCAUGCUUCCUUUGUAGUCUAUUUAUACGCGCUCACAAUGCAUCCAUGUGCUGUUUAUUUAUUUA